UGGUUUGUAAAGGAGGCCGCUCAGCCAUGUUGAGGAGUGUGUCAGAGAAACUGCAGCCCGCCAUUGUGUAGAAAGCAGGCACUGUAGAGAGACAGUGGCGCUCGGCUAAAACUAUUCUACAUAGCUAGACCUUUUCUGCACCCUGCCGCUUUUAUUUAGGAAUAAAUACAGUUAUACAGGCGCCAGGGGGAAAGACAUGUCAGCCAGCAGCCUCCUUGAACAGAGACCGAAAGGCCAAGCUAAUAAAGUGCAAAACGGAGCUGUCACACAAAAAGAUACCUUGAAUGACGAUGAGUUUGAGCCUUACCUGAAUACUCAGGCCAGACAGAGCAAUGCCUAUACGGCCAUGUCAGACUCGUACAUGCCCAGCUACUACAGCCCCUCCAUAGGAUUUUCCUACUCUGUGAACGAGGCACCAUGGUCCACAGGUGGGGACCCUCCUAUGCCUUACCUGGCCUCCUAUGGACAGCUGAGCAAUGGGGAGCCCCACUACCUCCCGGACGCUAUGUUUGGUCAACCUGGCCCACUGGGGAACAACCCUUUCCUGGGCCAGCACGGCUUCAACUUCUUCCCCAGUGGCAUCGACUUCUCUGCUUGGGGGAACAACAGCUCUCAGGGACAAUCGGGAACACCUCAGAAUUCUGGCUACAGCAGCAGCUAUCCCUAUGCUCCCAGUUCCCUCGGAGGUGCCAUGAUUGACGGACAGUCCCCGUUUGCACCUGCUGCCAACGAGCCACUCAACAAGGCGCCUGGUAUGAACAGCCUCGACCAGGGCAUGGCAGGGCUAAAGAUCAGCAGUGCUGCUCCAGGAGGUAAUGGAGACAUGGCCCCUAAGGUGGUUGGUUCUGGUUUGCCUGGUGGUGGUCCGCUUGGGCCUGUUUCCUCUGUAGGACCUCCGAGCAUGCCUCCUGUCUCAAUUGCCCCUGCCAAGCCUGCUUCCUGGGCUGACAUUGCCAGCAAGCCCGCCAAGCCUCAGCCCAAGCUGAAAACCAAGGGUGGUAUGGCUGGUGCCAAUUUACCGCCUCCACCCAUUAAACACAACAUGGACAUUGGCACCUGGGACAACAAGGGUACCAUGCCUAAAGCAGCCACCCCGCAGCAGGUGCCCACUGUUCCCAGCAAUGGGCAGCCACCCAAUCAAGGUUCUCCGCAGCCUGGUGCUACUGCUGUAGGUAACCCACAAAUGCCCCUCAGCAAUGGACAGCUGAUUCCACCCGUUUCCCAGAUGGGGCAGCACCAGCUUCCGCCUAGUGGGCAGCCAGGUAUGGUUCCAGUGCCACAGCCUCCUCUCUCCCAGGGUCCUCCUCCGCCCAGCCAACAGCAGCAACCUUCUCAACCCACUCGUUGGGUGCCUCCACGGAACAGGGCCAAUGGAUUUGGGGAUGCUGGUGGGAAUGGAGCAGGGCAGUCACCUCCAUCUUCGUCUGGUGUGGGUGUUGUUCCCGGGGUUCCCUCUGAGCCUCAUCCAGUCCUAGAGAAGUUGCGUAUGGUCAACAACUAUAAUCCCAAGGACUUUGACUGGAAUCCCAAGCAGGGCAGGGUGUUUAUCAUCAAGAGCUACUCAGAGGACGAUAUCCACCGCUCCAUCAAGUACAACAUCUGGUGCAGCACGGAGCACGGAAACAAGAGGCUGGACGCUGCUUACCGCUCUCUGGGCGGCAAAGGGCCGUUGUAUCUUCUUUUCAGUGUCAACGGGAGUGGUCACUUCUGCGGUGUCGCAGAGAUGCGCUCACCGGUGGACUACAACACGUCUGCUGGCGUGUGGUCACAGGACAAGUGGAAGGGUCGUUUUGAUGUGCGUUGGAUCUUUGUUAAGGACGUUCCCAACAGUCAGCUGAGGCACAUUCGACUGGAAAACAACGAAAAUAAGCCAGUGACCAACUCUCGGGACACACAGGAGGUACCACUGGACAAGGCCAGGCAGGUGCUAAAGAUCAUCGCUGGAUUUAAACACACCACUUCCAUCUUCGAUGACUUCUCCCACUAUGAGAAGCGUCAGGAGGAGGAAGAGUGUGUCAAAAAGGUGGAGGUCCAAGGCAACGAGCCAUAUCCCAGCAACCCAAGCAACAGGACUCAUUACAGGCUUCAGGAGCGCCAAGGACGAGUCAAGUAACAGUCAGUGCUUUGGUCAAAAGACUGCAGUGCCCCCAGUCCUCCCCAAAGCCCUACACACCCCAUUACAUCAUUGCAUUCAGAUCUAUAAAGAAAUUCUAAUAGGGGUGAAGAAUUAACCAAGGACAAAAAAAAAA